CCUUGUAUUCGAAUCCAUUCCAACCUCUUUGCCAACUCUUCCUCCCACACCAGCUAAGAGCAAUGGCGGACCAACUCCAACUGAACCCUAACUCGGUGACCGGAAUCACUGAGUCUUCGGCGCCCUCCGAUGAUGAAGAACCCUCUCUCAGCUCCCACACUCUCGCCGCUCUCAAAGAAUUCCUCGCCGAGCAGCAGCAUCACUCCGAUGCCGGAGGAGGGUCCGAGGUUUCUCUCGUAUCCGAGAAUUGGAAUUUGAGCCAGUUCUGGUACACUCCAGAAACAGCGAAAACCGUGGCCAAGGAAGUUCUCACUCUCUGCAGUGGCGUCCACACUCGCGUUGCCUGCAUUGCUUGCCCUACUCUCUAUGUNUAUCUCAAGAUAUUCCUCUCUCCCAUGUACGUUUGAUUGCAAUUGGAAAUCGAUAUGCGGCUAAUUUUUUAUUUGUAUUUCUAGAAAAUUAUGCCGUGUUGGACAAACCAAAGGCUGUGCUGUGUGGUGCAUUACUUAGCAUCUCUUUUCAAUGAGUUGAAUUGCAUGUUUCAUGGAUACAUACGUUUCUAUAUCUCACUGUAAACUAAUUUAAAGCCCGUUUUGUGUAUUUACAGUUUCUUGCAAUGAAACACCAGUCUGCUUAAUUUUUCUGUAACAGACUUUUGUAUCUGUACUUGUUUUACCAGAAGAGGAACCCACAAUGCAAGAUUAUAAGAAAAUCUAGUGUUAUUCAA